AAGCAGCUAGAAGUGCCUCAGCCCCCGGUGUGUUCAGCUGUCUCUGCCUUGGUCGUGGACUCGCUCGCAUUGCGGCGGCCGGAACCCACUCGUACGGAAGUACUCUGCCCCCUGCCGUCCCACACACCCUCCCUUCCCCUUUACACUUAGAAAAUCCACACACCGUGCAUAGAGAGGCAGUGCGUGUGGUGUGUGCCGGGUGCUGCCGUGUGGACUUGUGCAGCGCCGGAAGGGGGAGCAGAGCGCCGGCGGGCCCACUCUGACCAUGCCAGUGUGGGGGGGAAGGCUGAAGCGCAGUCUGCCUCUCUGCCUCCGGAGCCCCAAUCCUGUGCUGCUUCUGCUGCUGCUUGGAAGCUUCUCUCUGCACACGCCUGCGCAAGGCAACAUAUUGGACAGCAUGUUACUGCGCGCGUCCAGCAAGGAGGCGUCGGAGGGCAGGAAGGAGAGCGGCGGAAGCACGUCCACCGCUUCCUCGUCGCAGAGACUCCUGUGGUGUCACUGCUACCACCACUGUCCCGACGACUCCGUUAACAACACAUGCAGGACUGACGGUUACUGUUUUACCAUGGUGGAGGAAGAAGGAGGUGUACCAGUCUUGAGUGCAGGCUGUCUGGGGCUUGUUGGGUUUGAGUUUCAGUGUCGAACCACCUCUUUUUGGGCUGAUUUGGAUCAUAUCUGA